AUGCAUCUUAUGUACACCCUCGGCCCCGACGGCAAGCGCAUCUACACCUUGAAGAAGGUGGUUGACGGCAAGGUCUCCAAGUCCGCCCACCCUGCUCGUUUCUCUCCCGAUGACAAGUACUCCCGCCACCGUGUGACCCUCAAGAAGCGCUACGGUCUCCUGCUCACCCAGCAGACCGAGAGCUCUUAA